CCCCCCCCCCCCCCCCCCCCUUCUCUCCAAGCCAUUGCAUCCUCAAAAUUCUCACAGCAUAGAAUUGCGAUUCCAAGAGGAGUUGCGAAAGAUUCGAUGGCGGGGAUCAUCGUGGUGUUCGACUUCGACUGGACGAUCAUAGACUGCAACAGCGAUAGCUGGGUCGUCCACCAGCUCGGCGCCACCGAGCUCUUCGAGCGCCUCCUCCCGACCAUGCCGUGGAAUUCUCUCAUGGAUAGGAUGAUGAGGGAGCUGCAUUCGCAGGGAAAGACAGUCGAGGAGAUCGCAGACUGCUUGAAGAGGGGUCCAUUGGAUCCUCAUGUCAUCGCGGCCAUCAAAUCGGCUUACGCUCAUGGGUGUGAGCUGAGGGUGGUGAGUGAUGCCAACCUCUUCUUCAUAGAGACAAUCCUCAAACACCAUGGGCUUCUUGAGUAUUUCUCAGAGGUUAAUACCAAUCCAAGCUAUGUGGAUGAGGAGGGGAGGCUUAGGAUCUUCCCUUACCAUGACUUCUCUACCUCUUCCCAUGGCUGCAGCCUCUGUCCUCCAAACAUGUGCAAGGGUAAUAUCAUCGAGCGAAUCCAAGCACAAGCCUCUGUAGAGGGAAAGAAGCGAUUCAUCUACUUGGGUGACGGGAAGGGAGACUACUGCCCUUCUCUCAGGCUAAGUGAAGAAGACUAUGUGAUGCCGAGGAAGGAAUACCCUCUGUGGCAGCUCAUCUGUGACAAUCCUCAGCAGCUCAAGGCUGAAAUCCAUGAAUGGAGCAAUGGUGAGGAGCUUGAAAGGAUCCUCCUGCAGCUCAUCGAGGUCAAUCGCAAAAAUGCUGCCCAAGUAUUCUCAGUAGAUUGCAAGUUCAAGACAAUUCCAAUGCCACCCAAUGAAGCCCUUCCCCUGCCUCUCAGGGUUCCUCACUAACCAUGCCUGACUUGACCCUCAAAUAUCUCGCACAAGCGGGUCAAUUUAUUUGAAUUAUGGUCAAGGACCAUUUUAGCACCAUCCCUUUUUUGAAAAAAAAUUGUUUCCUCUUGCUUUCCUUUUUUUCCCCUCCCUGUUUCACCUCUCUGACCUGGUUUGUAAUUUUACAGUGGAAAGAAUGUCAGAGAUGCAGAUAAAUUUUGCUGAAGUUUUAUUUAGUCCAAGUUUCAUGUAAAAUUCACUGGAAUUGUACUAUACUUCAUAAACUGUGGAAUUUUUAUGCAAAUGCAUGAAGUAUACCAUAACAAACAGAGUUCUCUAGUA